CACCUCACACACAAUCUGAUCAAUUUCCAAGCUGUCAACACUGCUGGUAGGAAACGUCUGGUCAGCGUCGUUAGUGCCUUUGGCUUUGUUAGAGGAAGGUUGCACAACUUUACAAGAAAUGGACUGAAUCAUCAGGCUGCACUAAAAUAAUUCAGCAUUGUUUUAUUUGUUCAUUUGGCUUGCGCUUGCGAGUGCUGAGGAGGAACGUGCCUGUCUUCUGAUAUAGAGAUGAACUUAGUUUGAACUUGGCUUGCUGCUCGUAGUCAUCCUCAAACUUCACCACUUCUUACUGACCCUUUGUGUGGCCAUCAGCACCCAUGUACAGCAGCGGCUACUCUCACGUCUCCAAGUCCAGCCCGCAUGCCCAAAAGAAGAUGCAGUACCGCUCAAAGGGCAAGAGCUGUGGCUACUACAUGCGCAUUGUCUUCUUCUUCUCCUCGCUCAUUCAGUCUCUCAUCAUAGUCAGCCUGGUGCUCUUUCUGGUCUAUGGUAAGUCGCAGGACUCGGCGUCCAUGUCACGGAUUCACGACCUGGAGGAGAGCUUCAGCCGACUCUCCAUAGAAAACGUCUUCCUGAGACAGCAGAGGAAGAACCUGACCAACUUACUCAACACCACCCUGACAGAGAAAGCCCGUAAUGACUGGGACCUGGUCAACCUCCGCUACUUCUCCAACAUCUCAGCCAUUCUCAUCCAAGAUAUGGACAGGAAGAUGCAACAGUGCUACAGCGAGUUGAUCCUUUGCAAGAGCUCAGGACGCUACAACUCCCACUGCCAAACCACAUUACAACUCCCUGAUACCUGUAACUGUGGGCUGCUGGUUGAACGGCUGAAAGCAAGGCUUGAGCUUGUUGAGUCCAACUUCACGCAAACCACACAGAGGAUGAGGAUGGAACUGGACCAGACCGCCAAAGAGAGGGACAACCUUAACUUGGAGGUCAUCCGUCUGCGGAGGGAAAGAUCCACACAUGAGAAGGAGGUGGACUUCUUCAGGCAAAAAUGCAAAGAUGACUUCACUCAGUCUUUGAGUGGUAUCUCCAACGUCUCCAAGGCUUUCCUAGACAAGAUCUCUUCCCUCGUCCCCUUGCACAGCCCCUUCCACCUCACCUGUCCCAGACAGAGGGAGCACCUGGAGCAGAUCCGCACCAACUGUACCAGCCUGUCCCUGGAAGUGGAGGACAAGUUCCAGCGUUACCUGAAUAAUGUGGGAACACAGGUGUCAAAGAUCCAGGGUGAGAACAGCCGCCUGAAGGCAGAGAACUGGCGACUGUCUGAAGACUACCGCUGGUGCAGCACCAACCGCACGGGCCUGAUCCUGCAGAACAGACAGAACUUGGACAAGAUGCAGCGCAAAUAUGAUGAGGAGAAAGAGAGACUCCUGAUAGACAAGAUGAGGCUGAAUGGAGAGAUAGACGUCCUGAAAAACAACAUCAAAUAUAAGAGUAGAGAGGUUGAUCACAUGAGCGAGCAACUGAAGCAACUCAACAUGUCCUGCAUGUUCAAGGUAGGGUUUGGUGGCUCAGCCUCUCGGCCAGGCACACAGUCCCAGUCUGCAUGGGGCUCCAGCUCUUAUGGUAUAAGUCAGACUAGUAGGGUAGGGUCAGGUGGGUUGGGUUUAAACUUAGGCUCCUAUGGGUCAGGUAUCAAUAAGCCAUCAACUGGAGCAGGCUCUUCAAGCUCAUCCCUCUUUAACUCUGGGUCCAGUAGCUCCAGUGGAUCAGCAUACAAUAAGCCAUCAACUGGGGCAGGCUCUUCAAGUUCAUCCCUCUUAACCUCUGGGUCCAGUAGCUCCAGUGGGUCAACAUACAAUAAGCCAUCAACUGGGGCAGGCUCUUCAAGCCUGUCCCUCUUUUCAUCUGGGUCCAGUAGCUCCAGUGGGUCAACAUACAAUAAGCCGGGCUCAUCAAGCUCGUCAUCUGGGUCCAGUACCUCCAGUGGGUCAUCAGUCAGUAAGCCAGCAUCAACUGGGGGACUUUUCUCAAGCUUUGGUUCAUCAGGCUCAAGCUCUAGCUCUAGUGGGACAGCAAAUAAGCCAGCAGUGAACACGAAAGUCACAUCACCCUUAGGGACAUCCUCUGGGUCAAGUGGGUCGAGUGGGGUAGGCGCAAAUAAACCAACAACAAAUCUGAAAACCCCUACUAGCCCUGGGUCAUCCUCUGGGUCGACUGGAUCGACAAGUAAAAGUGGGUCAAGCGGCUUAUCUUGGUUCGGGUUCGGGGGCAGUAGUUCAGGGCAAAGUAAGACAGGAACUGGAACAGGGAAAGGGCCAUCAACUGGGAAUAGUUAUGGUGGAUCCGGAUCAUCGUUUGGUGCAGGAAGAACGAGUGGAGGUGGCUCAAUCAGCGUCGCUCAACACCUUAAAGAUCUGCAACGCCUCAUCAACCCCUCUGGCCCAGAAGAGAAACAAGAUCUCUCCAGAAUGCUGGGCUAGUCCACCUUAUAACUUAAAAGAGAUUUAUCUUCAACUGCAUUUAUUCUGCACACCUAAAUCUCACGUUGGAGUUCACAUAUUUUAUAUCAAUAAAUGUACCAUUUAUGAUGCUGUGACAUUUUAUACUUCAAUAUGCAUUUAGAUUAGGAAUUUGAAUAUCUUUUGCACUUUAGAAUGUGAAAUGUGAAGUUUGUGUGUUAUGAUUUGUAUCUCCGCAGUAUGAUCAAGAACAUAAUGUAUUUUUAGACUGUAAAUAAAGACAAAUAAAACCUUUGUUUGAACGUAA